AUGCACCCCACCAGGCGCGAACGUGAAGUCGGGGUGAGAAACGAGGAAGGGAUAGUGACCAACUGGCCAGAGAUUGCUCACGCAUUCAACGAGUCUUCCGAGACUGAGCGCACCGCCAAGCAGUGCCGCGAGCGCUGGACCAACCACCUGGACCCCAACAUAAAGAGAGACUCUUGGACCAAGGAGGAGCAGCGGCAGCUGGUGCAAGGCCACAAGAAAUUCGGCACGAAAUUCGGCACCAAAUGGAGCAAAAUCGUGCGCGAGUUCCUGCCCGGCCGCUCAGCGAAUGACGUCAAGAACUGGUGGAACGCAACCCUCAGGCGCCAGAACCCGAGCCCGCAAGGCUCUGGGCCCCUGGAGGAGUACAUCGUGCAGCAGGGGCUCCGUGGGCCCACCCACGAGGCCGCGGCUGGCAGCGGCAGCGGCGCUGGCGGCGGCGGCAGCGGCGGCAGGCCCAGGAAGCGCGCGCGGGCGCAGCCUGCGCCGUGCGCGGCGCCUGGCGGCAGCGGCGAUGGCAGCGGCGGCAGCGGCGCUGGCGGCGGCGGCGGCGGCGGCGGCGGGGGUGGCGGCGUGGUUGAGCUUGAGUACCGGGAGCAAGACCCCCUUUGGCUGCCAGGCUCUGGUGGAGUGCGGCAGCCCGUGGUGGCGCCGGUGGCGGCGGCGGCGGUCUGCGUGGAGCAGGCCACGCCCUACUGGGAGCCGGGCAGCCCCCUGGUUCUCGAGGGCGCGGGCUCCGCAGCAGCCUCUGGGGCCGUGCCGCAGGCAGAGGCGGAGGCGGCGGCGGUGGCCACGUCACGGGCAGACGGCGAGCUGGGAUACAGUCCGGGGCUGCCUGACAAAGACGCCGAGCUGCUGCGGUCAAUCUGGGGUCUGGUCCCGGCCGCCCGUGACCGCGAGCCGACGCCGUCCGCUUCGCCGCCGCCAAUGGGCGCCCAGCCGGCGCCGCGCCCGGCCGACUCGCCCGUGGCUGCAGCGUCCGCCGCGCGGCCCGGCGGGCAGGCAGACGCCGCAGCCGGUUUGGGCGCGGCGUCGCAGAGCGCCCCCGAGCGCGCCCCUGCCGCCGCCGGCGCCCCGGCCGGCUGCCCGCGGGUGGGGGUCUCUCCCAGCCGCUGCGGCACGCCCGACGAAGCGGCCGCGCCGCCGCCGCCGGGGCUGGUGCACGGCCAGGGCCUGAUCAGCAGCCCAGCCGGUCACGCACACGCCUCGCCACGAGCGCGGGUGCCUGUCUUUGCCAGCUGCACCAGCCCGCCGCCGAUGGCCGCCGCCCCCAACGCUGGGGCCAGCGCGGGGCCGCCCGCCAGUGCGCCGCAGUCGGCGCAGCUGCUGGCGGUCUGGCUGCGGGGCGAAGAGGUCAUCGUGGCGCUGUCGGAGGGCGCCGCCCCGCUGCCGCCCUUGCACGAGAUCUGCUCCGCGCUGCUGGCGCCCACGGCUGGCGGCGCGCCCAGCCCCUGCCGCGAGGUGUUGUCCUCCAUCAGCUACGGUCCGCAGGCCGUUAGCGGCAGCCAUGCUGCGAUGGCGGCGGUGACGCUGCCCGCGGAACGGCCGCAUCCGAUGCAAUGGCGGGGGCCGGACGCCGCUGUGCGGGCGCUGGCGGCAGACCUGCAGGCCGUUCUGCCGCGCCUCGCCGCCAACGCGUGCGCGCCCGCCGCGGCGACAGGCGCGGUCGGCCGGGUGUUGAUCGGCCUGCGGCUGGACGCCGCCGUGCGACCCUCGGAGCCGGGGCUUGUGGUGGCGGUUGCCGCGCGCAGCCGCGGCGAGGGCGCAGCGAUGCUGAAAUGCGUGGUGGACGCGAUCCGAUCACGGCUGUACACGUGA